GGCGGGCCGAGCUGAGGAGCGGCGGCAAAGUCCCGGUUCGGCUGCUAAAGAAGCAGUAGCUUCGGUUUUUAAUUCCCAAGAUCAAAUCCGAGAGAGAUAAUUUUCUGACUAUCUCGACAAGUAGCUUAUAUUUCAAACUCUUCUAUUUGAAGAACGCCCGGUGAUCGACGUUCCUUUGGCGAUAAGGCACGAGCUUGCUUCCCUGAGCGCUGCCCUACUCUGUUCUCACACUUCUGCAGUACGCCGUUCCCCUGUAGCAUCAGGUCAAUGUGAUGGGACCAAGCAAGCCACCUUUGUCUGGGGCUCCGUUUACACCCACUACCCAGCUGUACAGGAAUGAAGCAAAGUCUUUACGAGCACAGCUCCAGUUUAAUAGGAAUGUUCCAGCAGUUCCAGAGAACUUAUCUCUCAGGUUCUCUAACCCCCAUCCAAUUAUAAUAGAAAAACUGAAGUCAUCUGACGAUCAGAGAAAUCUAGGUGGAAGUGAUGACCCCAGUAUAAGAAGCUCUGGCAUGUUUUCAGUGAUAUCUGAAGAGAGACUAAAAUGGGCUAUUCAUCUAGCUAAAAGGGACAUAAAACGAAGGCAUCUUGAAGAGCAAGUGGAACAACAGGUGUUUGGAGAUGCUGUCAACAAAUCAUUGUUAGCCCAGAAGUCACAAGAGCAGAUAAACAAAGCGUCUGAAAGUCUGGAAAAGAAAAUUGGGCUUGAGUCUCAAAGUCAGCUGAAAUAUCACCAGAAACUUGUUGAGCCUUCCAAAAUGAAGACUACCACCUCUGGUACAAAAGUAUAUCUGUACACACCAAAGGAGAGAAUGCUAAUACCAGCUGUUUUAGGCUCUUCGCUCACCCGUAAUACAAGACCAGACCCCAAGACAACCGUUAAAAUAAAGGAAAAUAAAAAUAUUAUUGAAAUCCAACAGCUGCAGAAAGAACUAAGAAGUUGUGUCCAGAAAAUUGAAGACCUAACUAAAAAAGAGAGAGAUGAAGAAAACUUAGAUGCUGAUGAACAGCACCAAGUUUGCACUCAAAGGCAGAAGCAAGCUGCGCGGUCGGCUCAGAUGCUGUAUGUACUCCAGCAACAGGUGAAAAAAAUUCAGGACGAUUUAGAAAAACUGAGUCCUUGUAAAAUCAAACAUACUAAAAAGUCUCGAGCAGUGUCCAAAUUGGCAGCAGCGCAUAGAGGAGCUAUACGAGCCUUGCAGGCAUUCGCCAGUCUGUUUACUGAUCAAACAGGGCAAUGGGUUCCAACCCACUACAAGGAGCUGGGCAGCCUCAUUCGACAGCUGUCACUCUGUUCUGCCAAACUUGAACUAGAUUCUUCAACUUCUGAUGUUAUAAUAGAUAUUUUGAUGCAAGUUGAGGAUCUGAUUUCAUUGUUGGAAAGGAAACAAACUCCCAAAAAAGCGAAGGAAUGUCUUCCAGCAUCACAUGGCGAAUCCUCAGUGAACACUGUGACAUUUCCAGCCAGAAAGCAGCUAACAACUCCAAAAGGAGAAAAUAAGCCUCUCAUCUUAAAAAAACAACGUAGACAAGGACCCAGAAAAUCUCCAGCUGCCAGAGGUCUCUUGCUUGAUAAACAUCAAUACGUUGCAAAAAUUUCAGCAGUUCAGAAGAUGAACGAUCACACUCAUAUGUUGCAUGGUAAAUUCCAGGACGCAAAUGAUCUUCCUGCUCCACAAAGAAAUGCUGUUUCACAGGGAAGCCUAGAGGCACUAGUGAGAUCUAGAGCUGUAAAAAAAGAUCCUAUCCUUCAAAGUGGCUCUUUAAAGAAGAAAGACACGUUAUUAUCUGCAGAAUCGCAGGGCAUGCCUAAAUCUCUGAAACCAAGGCAGGUGCAGCCUCCAGGAAAGCAUGCUCGAUUUCAAGAAACAACUAUAGCUUUUCAGUUAAAAGAGAACAAACGAUUUGUUAAGGAGAGCAGCAUACCCUGGGUGCCUUCAAACUCUGCCUUACCUCCUGCUGCACCUAAACGACUAGCAUGGCGUGAAGCAGAAGCUUCAAGAAGAAUGAAAGUUCUGACUGAUCUUAACAGAAGAGAAAUGAAAAAAGGACAAAAGUUAAGGUUGCAAGCUGCUUCUCCAACUCAGUGUGCAGACAAAGUCGACAAAGCAGUAUGUGAGCACCUAGAACUUCCAUUGGAUAGGGCACAGCAGAUCAAUAUUUCCUUGGAAUCAAACUGUCAUUUGAAGGAUCCUUCAAUUACAAGACAGCUUUCAACUCACGCAGCUGAGAAGGUUGCAGCAAGUGCAGAUAUUCUGAGUGAAAAGGUACUGGAUGAUCUUUUGGAAGAUGCUGCUCAGGAGCUCUGGAACAUGGAGCAGUGUGAGAGACUUCAGGCUGAGAAUCUGUUUGUGGCUGAUGGUCCUAGUCUGGAAACAAUGUUGCAAAGAAUGGAAGAAAUUGAAAGAUAUCAGGAAACUGUGUGCAGGAGAUUCAACCAGAUUGUGUACAGUGAUUCAGAAUUCAGGGCCCAAGAGGAUAAAAUUGAUCAACAAAUGGCAUUAAUAACUCAACUACCUACAUCUCCUCAUUCAAUUCAGAUAACCAAAUUAACUAGACAGAUACAAUCGGAAGCUGACAUUUCAUUUGAAAAAAUUUUCGAUGACAAUGGCACUAACAAAAACAAAGAAGCUCAGGAGAAAUUGCUGACUGGAAAUAACAUUCUGCAGCCCUUGACUCAGAAUUCUGUGCAGAAAAAGUCCUACAUUUCUUUCUCAAUCUCAAAGCAUAUGCUCCAGAGCAUCCUGGAUUACAGCAGCAAAUACAAGCAUCACCUAAACCUUAUUUUCCAUGAAGCAGUAGGCAGCUUCAAUCCAUGGCAGAUUGCUGAAAGUCUUGCAGAGGAACUAACAGACGAAGCCCUGUUUGAUGUAGCAGCAGAGCUGCAGGAUGUUUGUGAGGAUUAUGCUGAAGCUGUAUUCACAUCAGAGUUUUUGCAGCCAGCAUAGCUUCCUGGAUUUAUCAGGACUAUCGUUGUUGUUGUUGUUGUUGUUUCAUUUGUUUGACCAGCGUUUCAGUGGAAUGAUGUGAGCUGUUACAGGUGAAUUUUGUAUGUUUUGAUAGGUAUACACAUCCAUUUGUUUACUUCCAGUGACUUCAUCCAUUUUUGUGUGUAAGCUACUGAUGAGAAUAAAAUACUGGGAAGGGGACACUGGUUUAAGCUAUGUCAUAGACUUAGCUGCACUGUGCCUCAGUUUUCUUUCAAUUGGGAGAAUCUCACUUAAAUACCUCCCAAAGGAGUUAUGGGUUUUAGUUUACUUCUGUCAAGAAAAUGCACUGAAUUUUUCUGAUAGCUGUGUUGGAAGAGCAAUUCAUUAUUGAUACAAAUCUAACACCCAGAUGGAAAAGUGAAGAACAAAAACUGUUGGCUUUGCUCUCUGGAGCUUUAUGUGUUGUAAAAUAAAAACACUGUCUGACCACCGUAAGGAAUAUAUGGAUUAGUUCUUUUUAGGAUGUGUCAAUCCAAAGGAAGGAUUCCCAUGGCACAGUACUAAGAAGAGGUAAACUCACACGGGCUAUAGACAGAGCUUGCGCUCUUAAGAGUGAAGUACCUCUCCUGUUUGUUUUCGAAUGUCACUAGUACAUUAUGCACAGGUGAAUCCUUUCGACAGAAGCAUGUGAUGGAAACUUCCUUUUUUUAAAAUUAGCUUGAAAUAUUAUUUAAACCUUAGCACCUUAGAGCUCAGUGAUCCAGCCCUACAUUCUUUAGUCUUAGCAAUUCCAUUAAAAUCAAGAACUAUGAAAUAAAUGAAAACUGUGAUUUCUGCAAUAUAGUUGAUAAUCACUCUACUAGUUUGGGUUAUGCCUGGAACGAGCAAUAAGUAAGAUUUAUGGUACUAUUCUGGGGAGCUCAGCCCUUGAGGUAACCCAAAAAACAGUAUGACAGUUUGUAUCCUUUAAGUUUCUUUUCUAUAAUUGUGUUGCUCUCAUCAGGGUAAGUUUGACCUUCUAAGACUAUUUUUAUUCCUUCUUAUUUGAACAUAUUUUAUUAAAAUAAUUGUUUUUAUUGAGGACUUUUACUGUUUUGUUUGUCUUGAAUUUUACACCAGAAGUAACAAUGUAAAUAUUACUGAUGUAUGAUUUUGUGUAAUUUCUUAAAUUAUAAACACCAUCUUUUUAUUUAUGUAGUCGUAUAAUAAGUCUAAUUUAAAAUAAAAAAUACUAAGACGUAGUGUCUGUAUCUGCAUGUAUGCUCAUGGAAGUAUUGUCAAGAUAUUCUGUUUUUGAAUAAACAGUGUGUCUUUCAUAGGACUAAGCA